GCUAAGACUAUAAACAGUGGGUUGCUGUAGCUGCUUCUUGUCGUCCUAAUUUGGUGAAUUUAUCUGGCAAAAUGAAGGAGAACGUCUUUCUCUUUAUCCCUAACUUAAUUGGUAAGUAUUCGUGGUUCUUUUAGGUAAGAUGAGUUGAUUGUUAUAGCGGUGUUCCAAAAUGACAGCUGUUCGGAGCAGAUUUCAAAGCAACAAUGACCGAUCAGUGGUGCGAUCCACACCGAUGUACAGAUCCUAAGCUAAAUGAACGAUUCGUUUCUCGUAGGUUAUGCAAGAAUCGUAUUGGCUAUCCUGUCGUUUUAUUUUAUGCCAACCGACUAUAUCGUCGCUACAAUUAUGUACCUACUCAGUGGUUUACUUGAUGCAUUCGACGGACAUGCAGCACGAUACUUUAAUCAAAGUGAGUCUCUAGUGUUUUCUUUCGCAGUUGGUGUUAGCUUAAGUGCGUGCUCAAGAGGUUUAACAGUAUUACAGUGGAGUUAAACCAAUAGGGUGUGUGGAAGGUGCCUGGUCAAAUGGAAGGAGCCGCAAGGGAUCAGGGGAGCGCGGAAGGAAACCAUGACAACCCUUCUGAUAAACUGCUAGAUUCUCAUGCUAUAUUUGCCUUGCAAGUGUUUGUGAAUCAAAAAGAGAAUUGGAAUAUAAAUAUAUAGGAGUCACUUGAGGCCUCACAUUUCACACACUCCCUUAUAUGGUACUAUCUUGUCCACAAUUAUUCAAGGUAUUAUUUAUAAAAAGCUAUGAUGUGAUACUUAUUUACAGGUACAAAGUUUGGUGCAAUGCUGGAUAUGCUAACGGACAGGUAAUUGACUCAUGGAUUACCGUAAACGACCUCAUAAACACUCGGGGUAUCUAUUUAAUAUAAGGGUCCAAGCUGAGGUGUUUAAUAGAUAGGAGAUUUUAAAAGAGAGAGACGUUUAUUCUCAGAAAACUGUAAAAAGGUCAACAAAAAAUAUCAAGACAGUUCAAAAAUAGGGGAAUAGCUACUCCAUCUUGAUACGUCUAGGCUGUCUAGAGAUCCCUAUCGCUUUUUUUAAAUCCCAGCAUCGAUAUCGGAAAUUAUAUCCUUGCUCACACUUAUUGUGUUGCCAUUGUUAGAGUCUAUCAUUUCUUUGAACUUGAUGUUGAACAAGAUGAAGAUUAUACAAAACCAUGUUAAUCAAACAAGAAACUGAAUGAAUUGAAUGACUUUAAUGUUCCUCUUUGCUAAUUCCUGAUAUUUUGGAGUAAUUCUCAUUUGGGGGUAUCUAUUAGACAGGGGCCGUUUAUUAGAAAGGGCUGUCUAAUACAAUAUUAUUGUAUUAGACAAACAAUUGAACAGCUGGCGGGGAAGGGGGCAUUAUUUUUUAUUAGGUCAAUUAUGGUACUGGCACAAUAAUAAAGGUUUUUUCCCUAAUAUGGUGGGGAAAUGUGGGGAGGGGAGGUGGGUUAUGGGGGUGGGGUAUGGGUUAUUGGCAUGGGGUCUUGAGUUUAUACCAUUAAGUUAGUAUUGUUGUCUCCUUAAUCAGUAAAUCUUUGGGUAAAAAUGAUGAAAAUUGUACUAAUUUAAAUAAGACUUUGAAGGCUCCUUUAAGCUUUUGUUGAAUUAUGGCUUACCACAAUGAAGCAAGUAUGAUUAUCCUGCUUCUCAAUUUGUUUUUUCCAGCUAGUCAAAAUGACUUUCAGACUAGUACAUGCUACAGAUUGAUUGCCUAAAGGGCAAGCUGUAAAACUGACUUUCUUUGCACCCAGCUAAUAUAUACAGUCACAUACCUUUUCUUAUUCAAACACUAGUAUUGCACGAGUACUCUGCAUAAAGAUUUUUGGGCAGCUUUAGCAGAGGGCAUAUGCAUUGUUAGCUCCCAAUCUCUCCAUAUGUGUAAAAAAAAAAACUGUUACUGAUUUAUAACUGUUGACCUUGUUUCAUGUUGAGGCAACAUCUAGAGUUGUACAUUUUUGUCUUAAAUUUAAAUAGCAGCAACAGAUUCAGAUGUUUUGCUUUUGUAACAUUACCAUUUGCAUAAAUUUUAACUCAAUAAUUUCAAAUUUCAGAUGUGUUACCACAGCAUUGCUUGUAAUACUGGGCCUUUUUUAUCCAAAGUACAUUUUCAUUUUUCAAAUGCUUAUCUGCCUGGAUAUUGCUAGUCACUGGAUCCAUGUGCAAAGGUAAGUACCUUUAUCUCUGUAAUAAGUCCCCUCCCCCUUUCCCUCUCUCUGCUAGGCUGAGGCAUUCACGGGGGUUUCCAGUGGUGCCAACAGCUGACCUUCAUGUGCUUCCAAGCUUUUCAGUCCUGUGCCAAAGUAUGAAUUUUGUGAGAAAGGGGGGAUUUUCUGGAUUGAUUAGCUUUGCAGCAUAUUUUCCGUCCACCAGGUCUGGCUUUACCAUGUGUUGGGUGGUACAGAAUGUAUUUAGAAAUAGGGUCCCCGUGGAAGACAAUGGCCCAGGAAUCUGAUCUGUUGGGCUUUAAAUAACUGAUUGGGAAAGGGGGACUGUUUCCGUUCUAUUAUAGACUUCCUCAUUGCUAACAUGAUCAGUAUAAGAAACGCCAAUCUGUAUGAUUCUUAAGACUGGUUUAGGGCUUAUUUAUAGAGAGAUUAUCGUAUUAUAGUGUAAAGACCUUUCCAAUGGACCAUGUAUUUGUACAUAAUGUGAAUGUAUUAGGAUGUUUGGAUGAGAAGAAUAAAUUUAUUUGAUUGGUUGAAUUGAAGACUUACUUAUUACCUCUGGAUGGCAAAAUUAAUACCAUGAUAAGGCAGGGCAGAGUGGGGGUAUUAUUUUUCAUUUUUUGGGAUUCAUGAGAAUUAUUGUGGUUAUUCAUCAUUCACAUUGUACUGUCAACAACAUUUUCUUGUAAAAAGAUGAUUUAAGCCAUAAUUGAUGCAGGAAAUUUUUGGUGAUUUUCUUUUUUUCUUUUUCUUUAGUUCUUUACUGAAAGGUGGAGCAAGCCACAAGAAAAUUGAUCUGUCAGGCAACUUCUUUCUUAGGAUUUACUACCACUCAAGGGUAAUGCAAACUGUUGUUGAGCACAGAUUAACCAAUUCUUUGCCUUUGUCUUUGCAACUUACAGUACGACAAACUCAACUGAUGCUUUAAUAUUUAAGCACAUGCUCUUAUUGUUGAUUGACAAAAGUCAGACUCUUUUGUUUUGAAUGUGACCUGUGAUUGGCCAACAUUUUAACACUGGUUAAUAGUUUCUUGAUUUGAUACAGAUUUUUUUUGUCUAGGUGGUACUUUUUAUUAUGUGUGCAGGAAAUGAGUUGUUUUUCUGUAUGUUGUACUUGCUUCAUUUUACCUCAGGACCAAUUUGUAAGUACUACUAUAAUAAUUUGUUUGUUUCCAGUUCACUUAUGCAAACAACAUUGCUUAAAACACCCAACACUUGUGUUCCCUAGACUGGUUGUGUUGUCGAAAAUAACCAUACUCAUCCUUCAGAGGGUCAAAUGACCAUUUUGAGGGGGGAGGGGGUCUUACAGGGCAAAAGUCCAAAGCCAUACUAGAAUUUCCAGUGGUGUUUUUUUUUGGGGGGGGGGGGGGGGGGGGGGGUGAGGAGGGGGUUGUUCAGAGUUAUUCCAAAAACUUCUAUGUGUGGGGCUGGGAUAUUUUCUAGAACAACACAAUACGGUAAAAUUAUGUAAAAGGUUGUGUAGUGAUCAGAGUUAUUAUCUGGAUCUGCUCUAUGUAUUCUGAAAUUUAUAAAAGGCCUUACAUUGAAUGAUUUAGUGGGAGUCCUACAAUCUUAGGUGUGCUUCCCCUAAUGAUGAGAAUACUGUGGAGCCCUGAAUUUAUUAUUAUAAUUUAUUUUCCCGUAAUAUUAUUGCUUUGAAAUAAGUGACCCUUCCAGCCCUGAGAGAGGAAGUCAUUGCAGCAGGGUGACUGAAAAUGUGGCCUUUUUUUCAGUGUCUAUUGGAGGUGUCAAGUUUGGCAUAUGGGCUGCCUUAGCAUGGCUGACUCUCCCCAUCUGUUUUCUCAAGCAAGUAAUUAGUGUCAUUCAACUGAUGGUAGCAUGCAUCAAUACAGCCCGCUUGGAUGAGAGUGAACGAGAACGCGUGAACAAAUGACUAGCAAUGGAGGCUGGGGAAUCAAAUGAAAUGCUGCUACAAUGAACAUGUACAGACUGACAUCAGUUUUAUUUAAAAGCUCUUGCUGGAAAUGUGAAAGCUAACCUUUGUGAUUAACCCAGCCUUCAAGGUACUGACUGUAGAAUUAAUGUAGGAGGAUCCCCAACAGGGUCCUUCAAUCCUGUAAUCCCAUAUGAGGUAAAUACUUUAGUAAGCAUAAAU